GCCCGAUCGUGCACCACACUGUUCAGGCCUCCUGCCAGUGAAACUGUGUUUACCAGGAGCCAGAAUAUGUCAGUCACUUCGGAUAACGCGUUAAAACCUCGCAAUCGAUACCCGUCUGCUGGCUCACACUAUAACUCGCCAGUGCAUGAUUCCAAGAGUGAGGCAGGAUACUCGAAUGCGAGUAAAAAGAGUUGGGCAUCUUCUGCUGCCCGAUCCUCUGCUUAUCCACGAAAAGGACAGACUUUGGGGGACAUAGAACUCACCCCCGAGGAACAGGCACAUUUAGAAAGUGUACUCUUGCGGUUUGAUCAGUUCAAACAAAAGGAAGAAGGGAGGAUAAGGUCACUCCGUGAUGAACUUGUGGAGAAACAGAAAGUCCGUAUUCGAAAUGCAGAAGCAAGUGGAGAUGGACAUUGCUACAACUGCGGUCGCUUGUUUAUGGCCGUCUUUAACGCCCCCAUUGAGUGUCCAAUCUGUAGACACGAAUUCUGUCGAAUGUGUCUGGAGAAAACCGGGAGAUCCAAGGAGCUGAUUUGCAAAUUUUGCCGUUUCGAAAGCGUGUCUAGAGGACGUCUAGGGGUGUGGUUUACUGAGGAGCUGAAAAGGGCUCGUGCUGCUGGUAGGGUUCGUGGUGUCAGCGGACCAGAGGCCCUGCGUGCCUCACUGUUACGUAUCAAACGUGAAUCAAAAGCCAGCACAUUGUUGCGGAACCUUGAAAGUCCUCUUGACAACCGAGUUAAGCAAAAUGUAAUCGCACACUAUAGUGGAUUUCAAGAAACGGAUAGCAGCUCAUCUACAGAAUGCUCCUCUCCUGAACAGUACUAUCUUGAUGACAGUUUGAUUCCUUUGAGUUCCAUGUGCGUUGAUGAAGAUGGAGAGCAUCCGGCUGCUAGUGAGAGCCUAAGGGUAAAGUCCUCUCAGGGACCUCUUGAAGCAUUCACUCCCGUUACCAAUAGAAUGCUGCAAAAACACCAUGCAUACGAUCAACCCAUGACAUGCAGCGUAAUGCUUUUUAAUGAAGACAACCCUCCAACACCCAUUCGUUCAGCCGCAAAAAAUAGGCAUGCCAAUGAGCACAGUGCUUACAUUUCAAGGAAUAUAUUUGCCGCUGAGGGACAGGACGCCCGAUUUCGACAAGCCGAUAAUACGGAAAACACAGCUGAGGAAGAAAUUUUUUUCAAACGCUGUUAUCGGCGUGUUCGAUACCGUGCAAAUUUUGGAUCUGCUGGGAGUAUUGUGGAUGAUGUGUCGAACGCUUCGACACAACCGAUGACAGAAUCAUGGGUUCAACAAACUGCUGCUCAGCGGGAUAAGCGGAAGGUUGAUUCAGGUUCCAGCCAAGAAAAUUUGCGCGCCAAAUCAAAGAUCUCUUCGAGCGAAGCUUCGUUUCCAAUGACUGGGCACUCCGGUAGCUCCCACUUACAUCCACCACCACCACCACGGGAGCAAUUUAGUUCUUCCGUAACUGACUUGCGCCAUUCCGACGGGUCUAGCAUCCACAAACAGCGGCUCCAUUCUGAGGCUGAUAGCAAGUCAACUUUAAGCUUGGCCAGUCGCGUAAUACGUAUUCAUGUUUUCGGACCAUCUUUGGCAACCACUAAUGGGACUCUGUAUAAUUUUACUGCUAAAUAUUCAAAGUUUUACUGGCUACGUUCCUCUUUGGGUUUGGAGUUUGAAGGAAUUGAACGAACGAACGGAGAAGCGCUGUUGCUUGCACCGUCGGAAAUUUUGCUUUCUGAAAGAGGACUAAGGCGUAGAAGUCGAACCCUCGAUGAAUGGGAAUUUAAGAACAAUAUCCGCCGACUACAGUCUACCGUGUUUGGUGGGAGUCUGCGAACAGUGGGCCGUUAUGAGAAUGUAACCCAAACUCCAUUUUCAAGCUUUCUUUAUUUCAUUAAACAGACUUACGGGUCAACUCUGAGUAUCUACAGCGAACGCGAAUCGAGUUAUACACAUGGUAUAGCUGUCACGGGUGACUUGAGAUUGGACAUUCAGUAUGAUCAUCAAAGUUCAACGCUUCGUAUCGCUGUCAAGCAAGCGCGGGAUCUUGCCGUUGCUGACAGAAAGCACAUGAGCUGCAAUCCUUAUGUGAAAUCUUACUUGUUACCGGAUAAAACCAAGGGAAGCAAGCGUAAGACGUCCCACAAGAAAAAGAACCGCAACCCAGUCUUUGAGGAAGUCUUCAAGUAUUCCAUUCCUUAUAGUGAACUGCUCGCUCGUACUCUCCAGAUCGCUGUCUGGCACAAAACAUCGUCUGGCACCAAUCUUUUCUUGGGUGAAGUUAUCAUUCCUUUCUCGGAUUUUCAAUUUGAAGCUGGCCCUCAAUGGUAUCCGCUCAGUGAACGGCGAACCGUUAAUCUGCCAGUUACCAUGCAAAUUGACCAUGGGUCGCUGCUCCUUGCUUUGAAACUUAUUCCUGGUGCUACAUCUGGCAACCCCUGCGAAAUUCACGUUUGGAUUAAAUCGGCCACUGGGCUGACAACAUCCAUCAGCAGUUCCAAGAGCACAACAGUGAAUCCAUACGUUAAAAUUUACAUGCUUCCUGAUAAACCUAAACAUUCGAAACGGAAAACCAAAGUUCUCAGGAAGACUAAUAACCCAGAAUGGAAUACUAACUUCGUAUACAAUGACAUCAACCGCAACCAAUUGUCGAAUAUCGGAAUCGAAGUGUCCGUCUGGGAUCAUGGUCGCGUGUCAUCCAGUGAUUUCUUGGGAGGAUGUCGCCUUAACAGUGGUGCUCUCUAUAUGAAACAACCUGCCACUACCAUGUAUCCGUUCAACAUGCUGCUCAAGGUACUACAUUCGGGUCAAUACUGUACUGCUGGCCUACCAGUGCAACGUGAGAACAGGCGACAACUUCCCAUGUGGCCUGUCGAAGAGUUUUCAGCAACCUUGGGAGUAGUUUCCUUUAUGAAAAUGUACUGCGAUAUCCCGAAUAUCGUGCCAACUGAAUCAUGA